AUGACGAUAAUUUCUGAGCUGAAAGUUGAGGGUAUUGGAGGCCCCUUACAGGUUAGAAUACUACGCAAAUGGAAGCACGAUAUCCGACAGUACGAAACGUGGUACCUAGUCGUCGACAAAUACUCAGAUGCAAUCCAAAUUCUUGGACAACGAACAAACCAGAGCUACAUUAAAUCUGUUUUAAAUGUUUCCGAAUGUUAUAUUACAUCGGAUUAUAGCUGUCCUGAAUUAGACAGGUAUCAGAAGGUUCUAGAAAACGAUAUCUAUGUUGAUGUUGGUCUCAAUUCCAUUAUACAACGAAUUCCGGACACAAUCACAAUUCCAAAAACCUGGUUUCGAUUCGUUUCAAAUCCACAACUGAUUGAACUUGGAGAAGCACCAUCAUACUAUCCAGGAGUGUUACGGCACAGAUCGUCACAUGCAACGCAUAUCUAUGUGAACCCCAAUAUACCGGAGACAACAACACUCAUAGAUCUAUACACAGGUCCCUCAAGGCCAAUGCCUACGUUAUCGGGAACACUCGCAACCUUAUACCAAAUAAAACUUAAAACGAAAUCCGACCUACUGGACAAAACUUUCAUAGUGCACGGCUCGAUCAAGGAUUUUCACUUCCAAAACACUUGGUACCAAACAAUAUGUCCAAUCUGUAAAGAUCCGAUUUUCAGAAGAGGCCCCCAGUGGUUCUGUAGUGCACAUGGACUAAUAGAAAAGCCAGCCUACAUAUACAAGAUGAUUGUUACAAUUGCCGACCCAACGGAUACCAUACCCGCAAUACUAUCUGAAACAUCAUGUCAUCAGAAGGAACAAACGAUGACGAUGUGUAUCCAAAUGCUGAGAGCAUCAACUCCUGACAAUAUCCGUUUCAUAAUAAUCGACAUCCAACAGUCACUUACACGACCGACGCCACCCGUCCCAGCAACACCCGCACAAACAAUGACAAAAAGAAUCCGAUCGGAGAACGAAAUACCUGAAGCAAGUGAUUCUGCACGCCCUGUUGCACGCACCCUCACCUUUGCUCCACCAGCGCUUGCCAUGGUCCAAAACACUUUCAAUUGCAUCAACCAAACAAGACAAAACAUGAUGAAUGAAGCUCCAGAUGAAAUGCCAUGCAGACAUGUCGUCGUCACCAAAACCUUCAUCAACGAUCUCAAUCAAGACACGGUGAUCAUGCUUGACAUCUUCCAGGCAAUGCAAGAGAACAUGGCCUCAGCUACAGAGGUCUGCAAGAAAAUCAUCAAGGACCACCAGGUCCCAUGA